CUUUUCUCCCCUCUACACUGUUUCUAUAAUUGAUACCAAUCCCCACUCUGUCAGUUCCUCAUGCUCUCAGAGUAUUUUAUCGCGUCGACAUUGGCGUCGGCCAAAGCUCCGACAUCGAAUAGUCUGAGAGAUGUAGGGAUCUGCGUCCAUGAAUUUCAACCUGCUCCGACUCUGCGCUCCACCUUCAAGAAGAGCUCGACAGCGGCCAAUUGCCUGGCUGUGAGUCCGUCGCACGUUUUCGCAGCUCAGUCAGAGAAGGCUAUCCUUCAUGUGUACAGCCGAGAAAAGGGAAACCAAGAAGCUACUGUUCCUUUCCCCGAGCGCAUUCGCAGCAUCGCAGUUGCGGGGAGCAAGAAUGGUGACAUUGUGAUUCUGGGCACCGAGGGCGGCCGAUUGAUUCUGUGGGAGACAUGCACCGGGCGACAAGUCGCCACGACCGCAUCGCAUUUAAGUCCAGUGACUGCGCUGGUGGUUGAUCCAAGCUCCAACUUCAUUCUUUCCGGCUCCCAAGAUGCCAAUGUUCAUGUAUGGUCAUUGGUCGACCUUCUGUCCUUCACAAAAGCCCCGUCUGGCCGUGACAGGCAACCCCCGAACUCCCCCGUACGGACUUUCUCGAAUCAUCGCGCCGCUAUCACAUCCAUCGCAGUCGGACAUAGCACUGGCAGGUAUAAUGUUGCUGUUUCUGCCGCGCAGGAUAACACUGCCAUCGCCUGGGAUUAUCACACCGGCCGUGUUCUACGCACAUACCUCCUACCCUCGAGCGCGAUCUCCCUAAUCCUCGACCCCGUCGACCGGGCUUUCUACGUAGGGUACGAAGAUGGGAGCAUUCAAUCGGUGGAUUUCUACAAAAGCAAUUCGAUCCAGCAUCCUCUUCACGAUCCGUCGCUACAAUCCGCUCCCUCCCAACUAGAAGCCGAAGACCGAUGGGCUCCGCCAACUGCCGAGUCCGGCGCAGCGCACACACUCUGCCUCUCCUACGACGGCAUGACACUAUUAUCCGGUCACCAGAAUGGAAAGGUCCUCUCGUGGAAUGUCGGAAGACGGAAAUACGCCUCGCUUGUCGCCGAUUAUACCCAUCCUGUAACGAAUCUGUUCAUGCUUCCGCCAAAUGGCCUCCCGCAGCCCAGCCAUGAGCUUAAACGAACAGCGCACACGAUCGUCAAGCCCAGAUACGAUAGCACCCUUUCCGAGACAUCCCAGACCGCCGGUACCGUGCCGGCCGACUACACAUUCAGCACACACCUCCUCCCCACAUCAUCUCACCCUACGCAAUCCAAAACCGACGAAUUCUCCGAAGCCUUCACCAACGCCACUUUCCCCGAAUCCAUGAUCGAAGACGGCCUCGCCGAGCUAUCCCUGUUCAGCCAAGGUGGCGGCACCAGCGCUUCCGUCCCAUCCAUGGCCUACGCCGCAUCAACCGAAGACUCGGCGGCCAAGGACUCGCACAUCGCAUCCCUGGAGGCCGAAAUCGCCCAGCUCAAGAAAAAGGCCUCCGUCAACGAAACCGCCCGCCAGGCCACCACGAACGAAGUGACCAAACUCCGCUCCGAUCUGGUCAACCUGCACGACCACAUCAACGAGCUCCACCAGAGGCAGGAGCAGACGCAGCGCGAAAAGGCCCUCCGACAGGCGCGCAAGGAAGCGCGUGAGACCAAGCGCCGAGAGGCCUGGUUCGCGGCCGAGAAGAACGGCAAGAAAGGAGAUGCAGUGCUGAGAAAAAUGGACGCCGAGGAAAGCGAGCAGACCAGUGACUCGGACGAUCAUAGUAGUGAUGAGCAAUAAUUCAAUUCC